AUGCCCGCCGAUAUGGACAUCGAUUUCACGCGCCGCAACAAGAAGCCUCGUCCGUUGUCAGAGCACGAGAAGGAAAAGCUGGACGAGUUUGUGGACGCGAUCCACUACUCGGCAAGAUACUCGGAUGACGAAUAUGAAUACCGUCAUGUGCAACUGCCCAAGCAGAUGCUGAAAAUUAUUCCCAAGGACUACUUCGAUGGUGCUAGAGGCACACUGAAGCUCCUGUGGGAAGAGGAAUGGAGAGCAUUGGGCAUCACUCAGAGUCUAGGGUGGGAACACUACGAGGUACACGAGCCUGAGCCACACAUCCUUCUCUUCAAGCGACCAAUCAACUACCAGCCUCCUACGCACUAA